AUGUCAACUACAUUCUCCUCGCUGCCCAUUGUCGACCUUUCCCCGCUUCAAACCAAGUCCUCUCUGGGCGCGCAAUCCCUCCAUGACCUAAGCCACCGUCUCUACCAUGUCUUCGCAACCACCGGUUUCGCAUACCUUGUAAACUCUCCACUGAGUUUCACCCCAGAUGAGGUCUUUUCCAUGGCCAGGGAGUUUUUCUCCCUUCCCACGGAAACCAAAAUGAGUAUUGCGAAGCGGAGCUUCAACAAAGACAAUUCAAAUACAUAUCGCGGAUACUUCCCCACGCAGCCAGACGUUGCCACAGACAAUCUCAAAGAAGGUUUGGAGAUCGGUCCUCCGCAUCUUCUCAAUGUUGUUCCCGGUCCGGAUGUGAAAAUCAACCUUGCAGAGCCGAAUAUCUGGCCCGACGCUGGGAGUUUCACAGGCCGUUCGAGUCUAGAACAGCUCUACUCGGAACUGCAAAGUCUAUCGUCUCGGCUUUUGUCGCUGCUUGCUGUGUCGUUGGGUAAAUCGGAGGAUUAUUUUACUGAUUACCUGGUCGCGUCGUUAAGUACGCUUCGCUUACUACAUUAUCCCAUUCCUCCAUCAGUGAAUGACGACGAUGGCGACGGCACGCAACCCGAAACACACUCGACUGUUGCAGACCCACAGAAAGAACCAAAUCAAUCAUCCAAGCUGGACUCCGUGCUUGGAUGCUCCUCCCAAUCAAUCUCGGACGUAAAACUCAGCUGCACACCACACACCGACUCCGGUAUCUUAACCCUACUUCACCAAGAUAGUACCGGCGGUCUCGAGGUCCGUGAUUCCUCAGGAAGAUGGGUCCCCGCCCCGUAUAUCCCUGACUCCAUCGUCGUGAACAUCGGCGACCUCAUGGCGAAAGUAUCCGGGGGAAGAUUCGUAGCGACCAUGCAUCGGGUGAGGAGGCCGGAAGCUACAUCAAAGAAUGAGGGUGGAGGGAUAGGCCGUUUCAGUGUCCCGUUUUUCUUUGAACCCGGGGAGAAAUGUAUUGUGAGGGAUGUAGAUGGGAAGGAGGAUGCGGUUGUGUAUGGGGACCAUGUUAGGGAGAAGAUGAAGACUUGGGUUGAGUUUAAGGGUCUUUGA